CGGCAGACUGGCGCGGGAGCGGGCGCGGCGUCAAGUGCAGCUUGGACUCACGGACCUGGCCCAUUUACAUUUAACUCUUUCCUCCAUCCGCGUCCAGCUGGCUUCAGCAUGGAGGAACGGAACAACUCUGCUGGGAAGGAGCUUCAACACAGGACACGAGCAGAAGUUCCCGGAAAGAAAAGCUGGCCCUCACAGGCCUACACCCUUGGGGCCAUUUCCAACUUUAUGUCUACUUUUCUGACCUUUCCUAUCUAUAAGGUGGUGUUCCGGCAGCAGAUCCAUGCCGUGGCAGUGUCAGAGGCUGUGCGACAGCUUUGGCAUGAAGGCCCUCAGUACUUCUACCGGGGCAUCUACCCUCCUCUCCUCUCCAAGACCCUGCAAGGGACUCUGUUGUUUGGCACUUAUGAUAGUCUGCUGUGUUUUCUCUCCCCUGUUGGGCCACACUCCCUUGGACAGCGCUGGACCGCAGGGCUCAUGUCUGGUGUAGUAGAAGCUGUAGCGCUCAGUCCCUUUGAAAGAGUACAGAAUGUGCUUCAGGAUGCUCGCAAGCAAGCUUGCUUUCCUAGCACCUUCAGCAUCCUCAAAGAAUUCAAUUCUUACGGGCGUUGGGGGCGGCUGUCACUGGGUUAUUAUCGCGGCUUCUGGCCAGUCCUUGUCAGAAACAGCCUGGGAAGUGCUCUCUAUUUCUCCUUCAAGGAUCCUAUCCAGGAUGGUUUGGCAAGGCAAGGCCUGCCCCAUUGGGUUCCUGCUUUGGUAUCUGGCAGUGUCAAUGGAACAAUCACCUGCCUGGUUCUGUAUCCUCUGAUUGUGCUGGUUGCCAAUAUGCAGUCUCAUAUUGGCUGGCAGAGAAUGCCAAGCCUGUGGGCCUCAGCACAAGAUGUGUGGGAUACUCGCGGUCGAAAGGUACUCCUGAUUUAUAGAGGAGGGUCCCUGAUCAUCCUCAGGUCCAGUGUGACAUGGGGCCUCACUACUGCUAUACAUGACUUCUUGCAGAGAAAGGCUCAUACCAAGAAAGAGAUGGAAGACUGACUAAAUGAAGUGUGGCCAGGGCAUCUUUGUUCCAAAUCUUCACUCGCUGGUUGUGUGUAGUAUAUCUUUGGCUUGGGUACCAUUAUUUACUAUCUAUAAAGUGUCGCUGCGUGGGAGAAGCUCCAACUUUUCACCUGUUUGAAGCCUACCAGGAUUCCUUGGUCAAAGGAAGUCUCCGAGUCUAUAAACAGCUUCAGUAGCCUCAGAACCU